AUGUCGCUGCCUCUACCCUCACGAGGUCGUCUUCUGGAGCUCUCAAAGCUCCAAUGCUCGAUAUUCUCCCAAACGUUCAAUCCCAACCAGCAAAGACUGGGCAACAAGAUCCUCCGCCAACGAUUGAAAGGCCCAACGCUGGCGGCAUACUACCCGCGGAAGUCUGCCACGAUCGACGAUGUCUUGAAGGAAUUUGAGAAGUUUGGUCUGGUGGGAUAUAACGAAGAAGAACUGCAACGACUUGAAGACGUCAAUCUUGCCAAGAUGAGAGGCAAAGGCGCGCCCAAGAAGAAGAAAACCGCCGCAGAAGGAAGAGCGGCAAAGAAAGCGGCGGGCAAGAAGUAG